AGCAGUAAGAGGCUAGUGGUGGUGGUGCCCAAUGAGCCUCCGUUCCACGGGCGGAGGGCCUACACCAGUGAGGACGAGGCCUGGAGGUCUUACCUGGAGAACCCAUUGACUGCAGCCACCAAGGCCAUGAUGAGUAUCAACGGAGAUGAGGACAGUGCAGCUGCCCUAGGGCUCCUCUAUGAGUACUACAAGGUUCCCAAAGACAAGAGAGUAAUACCCAUUACCAAAGUAGUGGAAAUCACAGAUGAGCAGGAGAAGAGAAAUGCUCUUUUGGGGACUGGCAGUAGUACAGACUCUGAGUCAGUGGACAACCAUGUGCAGGUGCUGAAGUCUGUCCCAGUGAACUUGUCCCUCAACCCUGAGCACCAGGACCCCAAACGGGACGCAUACAGCGGAGGGGCAGGGGACGGCACAGCGGUUGCCGUGGUGAAGGCGGAGGUUUAUGCCCCCGUCUUUAUGAACUCCGGAAUCCACUACAGGGCUGAGGGGGAGGAGCCAGCGCGGGUCAUCUAUGAGCAGGCACACUCAUUUGACAAUGCAGCUGUCACUCACAGUGGCUAUGGGAAAGAUGAGCACCGUAGUAGCCCUGACAGUACCUAUGAGGAGGAGAGCAGUGAGAAGUACCGUCCCUCUUCUCUUGGUGCUAACGAGUUCAUCUUCGAUCAGUCAGAGAUAGACACGUUCCAGUACACACUGGAGGCCACACGGUCUCUCCGGCAGAAGCAGGGAGAGGGACCCAUGACCUACCUGAACAAGGGCCAGUUCUACGCCAUUACACUGGCCGAAACAGGCACCAACAAACGCCUCAGACACCCCAUUAGCAAACUGCGGAGUGUGGUCAUGGUGGUCUUCAGUGAAGAUAAGAACCGCGAUGAACAGCUCAAGUACUGGCGGUACUGGCAUUCUCGACAACACACGGCCAAGCAGAGGGUCCUGGACAUUGCGGACUACAAAGAGAGCUUCAACACAAUCGGGAACAUUGAAGAAAUCGCCUACAAUGCUGUGUCUUUCACAUGGGACGUGAAUGAGGAGGCUAGGAUCUUCAUCACGGUGAAUUGUCUGAGCACAGACUUCUCCUCUCAGAAAGGCGUGAAGGGCCUACCCCUGAUGAUCCAAAUCGACACGUACAGCUACAACAACCGCAGUAACAAACCCCUUCACAGAGCUUACUGCCAGAUCAAGGUCUUCUGUGAUAAGGGAGCUGAAAGAAAGAUCAGAGAUGAAGAGAGGAAGCAGAAUCGCAAGAAGUCAAAAGGAAAGGAUGGAGGCGUGGGAGUAGUGUCCGUUCCCAAAAAGGGCGACACCACCUUGUUCAAAACGAUGACGGAUCUGGAUGCUCAGCCAGUGCUCUUCAUCCCGGAUGUGCACUUUGGAAACCUGCAGCGGGCAGCACAGGUGUUUGCCUUCAACACAGAGGAGAUUGAGAGAGAAGGGAGUGUUCUGGUCAAGAGGAUGUUCCGCACAACGGAGGAUGAUUACUGCCCCUCCCCUCACAAACAGCUCAAAGAGGAGACCCAGAAGAGAGUGCUGCUGUACGUACGGAAGGAGUCCGACGAGGUGUUUGACGCGCUCAUGCUGCGCGCUCCCACACUGCGAGGGCUCAUGGAGGCAAUCUCUGAAAAAUAUGGAGUGCCUGUUGACAGGAUUGCUAAAAUCUACAAGAAAAGCAAGAAAGGGAUUUUGGUGAACAUGGACGACAACAUCAUCGAGCACUAUUCCAAUGAGGACACGUUCACGAUGAGCAUCGAGAGCCACACGCUCGACGCCUACAAGAUCACGCUGACGGAGAUCUGACCGUCUCAGCGGAGCGCCCUCCUUCCCCAGAGAGGCGCAGCACCGCUCCAACUGCUGUCGGGGUCACUGCUGAAAGCGCAGCGUCACGUCUCGCCUUCGUUUCUCGGGAGCUUCAAGUCGGAGUUCAAAUAGUUCUAGGGUUAAUAAAACCGGCAUUUCGGCUAAUCAAACGGACCAGCAAAAACCAAAAAAAACCCCAAAAACCCAUAAUAAUAAUAAUAAUAAUAAUAAUAAUAAUAAUAAUAAUAAAAUAAAUUAAUAAUUUAGGGCAUUACGCAGCAUAGAGGUGCCAUGGUUGUGUUCCACGGGAGUGGUGUGUAAGGUCGACGUGCCCGGUGGGGUAGAGAAGGGCAGAGUGUGAUGGCCACCUUCGUCUAAACCCCGCCAUGCGUGUAGGGAAUCUGCCGGUAUGGACCACACGCAGUGCUCACACCAUCAGGCCGCCGCGUUCCAACCAUGGGAGGGAGUCCCGCCCCCUUACCUGUCUGCUAAGAGCAGAGGAAUAGAACUCGAAAGAAUCUGCUCGAUGUAUCAUAAAUGUGUCAUGUGCGUCAGAUCAGCCAUUUCAAAGAAGUGCAACUAAGAUAAAAAUAUUCGGGACGCAGAAUUUAUAAGCACCGAUUUAAUAAGCACAUAUAUAAUAUGCAUUUACAUACCUCUUAACCACAGUGCCUUUAGUGUGAUUGAUAUGGAAGUUAUUUUUAGAUGGAAAUGACAGAUUUACAGUGCAACCAUGCAUGUAUAACAGACCAAUCACUUUCCUGCAUUUAAAACAUAAAGCUCAGAGGCACAAAGUGUGGUGCGUUUCACAGUGCUCAGAGCAGGCUGACAGCUCUCCCUCUGCAGACUUAAGACACAUUCUGCGCUUAUGGAUCGAGGAAGUGGCGCGCGCGCGUGUGUCUCAGCUCGCUGUGUAGCUGUUCGUCUAACUCAUCCGACCCCACACAGCUGGAGCUGUGAGAAGCAGCCGUCUGCAGGAACUCGCAACUCAAAAAUCAAAAACACACCAAGGAACAUCCAGGAACCGUGCCCUAGAUUAAAUGCCUGUGUCCCUCCCUGGUUUAGAGUGUGUGUUCUUCACUCGCCGGUCCAUUGUCAAAAUCUGAAGCCUAAUCAUUCCCAUAACAUUAGUAAAAAGACAACUGUUUUUUAUACAUGUUAAUUAUUAUUGGAGUAGUUGUUGUUAUGUUUCAUGUACAGUUUUUUGUACUGUUUUAAAGCAAUUUAUAAUGUACUGUGUUCAAAUUGUCUGAGAUACCUGAUGCUGUGUAAAUGUAUGCCUUCUGUCCCUAUUGCACUCAUAUCUGUGAAUCUGUUCACAUAUCUGAUCUGUGAAGUGUUCACUGGGGACAUAAAUGCCACUCUCAGAUCUGCUGCGUUGCUGCCGAUUCUGCUCUAGUCACUGUUAGAUGUCAGAUUCUCACCUACUUCAGCGGAUGGAACAGGAUGAAAAUGUGAGAUGGAUGCAGCCACACAAGAAACUUUUCUGUUCUGCAGACACAUCUAUGAAAGCUCUUUCUUUUCAAACUAUGAACACAACCGAUGCUUGACUUCCCUUAUUUUAAAAAUAUUCAUACAGCUGCUCUUCAGUAUAUAAACUGGCACUGGCUGACUACUAACCAGAUUUCAGGAUACCAUCUUCCAGAUAUAUAACGUAGAUGGACAUUUGUAGUUUGGAACGUGUCUUUAAAUAAACGAUGGAAGUUUUGUGACUCA